AUGGCUUCCGAGCCCGCCAUCAUCCAGCGCCAAUUCAUCAAGGUCAAGAUCAAGCGUCUUCUUACCCUCUCCGACAUGCCCAACGAGGUCAUCGGUAUGAUCGCCGCACGGGUUCAUGAUCAAAUGGGCGGAGGCCGCGAGAACCUCCGCAACCUCUGCCUUGUGAGCAAGCGCCUCUACGACAUUGCGCGCCGGGACUUAUACUUCACCGUCCCCGUACAGACUCCCAACCAGCUGGCUUCCAUCACCAGAACCCUGAUCGAGAAACCUGCGACCAGAAACCUCGUUCAUACCGUCCUCAUCAGCAUCGACACGGUUGGAUUCACGAAGUACAACGAUGCGGCCCCCACUUUCGGCGACUGGGCGUCCGCGGAGAUCAACGAUUCCCAGCUUUCGCAGCGCGACCGCCAGCUUCUUGUCCUCUGCAAGGCUACCUGCGGCAAGAAGGCCUCCGAGAACCUUCAGUGUGUCCUUGGACUGUUCAUGUUCCUGCUGGACAAUACUGAGCACCUGACGAUCUUCCCCGCCAACAACCUCAACAUCGUUGACCGCUUCCUGGCUGCUGGUCUCAGUCUUCUUGCUCCUGACUCAUCCCACGAGCUUGACUGCUCGCCCUUGUUCCCUGCCCUGACGAGCUUGGACAUCUGCAGCAAGACCUGGCUGCAGAGAUCCUCCCAGACCUUCUUCGGCAAGGUGUUUCAACCCACUUUGGCCCUUGCGGCCUCUUCGCCCCAACUCAUCGACUUCGCUUUCAAGGGACCCGAGGGCGAGUUGGCCAGCGUUCUCGAGCAGUGGGGUUCAGACGUUGAGUUUCCCUUCAAGAAGAUCUUGCUGCGUGGCAGCAACUGGACCGCCUCGAGCCUCUGCGUCCUUCUUCGCCGUUGCCCAGAGGUGCUUCAUCUUGAAGUUGAGACGACCGCAGACAGCGGCAACUAUGUGGCUAGAGAGAACAUCAACAAGGUCUUGCCGAAGUACUGUCCCAAGCUUCGAGUCCUGUCGAUCCGCUAUUUCGGACACAAGACUAUGUUCUUCGGCAACCGCAACCUGACCUGCCUCCCCGAGAUGACCGAGCUGAGAGAGCUCCGCAUUGAGCUCGAUUCUUUCGUUGGUGCAGUCAAGGAUCUCGGCGAUCUCGACCUUGCUGAGAAGCUCCCCGACAGACUGGAGAAGCUCUUUCUGGAUGCUUCAUCAGUGAGAUUCCAGGGCGGCAGCAACAAGCCCAAUGCCCCCAAGGUUCUUGCGUACAAGGAGCAGGUGAAGAGAAUCAUCGAGGAUCUCUGCGAGACACGCGCGGAGGAAAUUCCUCUUCCUCGUCUCGACACCAUCGCCGUUGGCUGCAAGUUCAGCAAACCCAAGCAGUGGACCAGAGCCGCCAAUGACACCAUGGCCGAGACUGAUGCUAAGCUUCGGGUCUACACCGCGUCCGACGCCAAGACCUUGUGGGCCAAGUCUUUCGAGCAGAUGAAUGUCUGA